ACUGCAAUUCCAUAGCUACAUUGCAAUUUGCAUCGGUAACAAUAGCAUCAUCCAAUUCUGUGAAAUCACAAAUCACUCUUGUCUAUUAUUUUUCCAAGCAUGGGUGAAGCUCCAGAAGUGUUCUACAUUAAUGGCUUCUCAAAGUUUGGCCAUGAAACCCAACAAAACCACGUCAAUGAUCAGAACCAUGAUUCUUCUUGGUACGAGGAAUUCAUCGAUGAGGAUUUAAAAUGGUCCUUUAAACUCAACAGUGUGCUUCAUAAAGCGAUUAGCGAGUACCAGGAUAUUGCCCUGUUAGAUACCAAGCGUUUUGGAAAGGCCUUGGUGCUUGAUGGAAAGAUGCAGAGUGCUGAAACAGAUGAAUUCAUUUAUCACGAAUGCUUGAUUCAUCCCCCUCUUUUAUGCCACCCCAACCCCAAAACCGUGUUUAUAAUGGGUGGAGGUGAAGGUUCUUCAGCUAGGGAAGCCCUUAAGCACAGGUCAAUGGACAGAGUAGUCAUGUGCGAUAUAGACAAGGAGGUGGUGGAUUUCUGUCGAAAAUACUUGAUUGCAAAUAGGGAGGCAUUUUCUCAUAAGAAGCUCGACCUUGUCAUCAAUGAUGCCAAGGCUGAAUUGGAGAAGAGAAAGGAGAAGUUUGAUAUCAUCAUUGGAGAUUUGGCAGACCCACUUGAAGAUGGGCCUUGCUAUCAACUCUACACCAAGUCCUUCUAUGAGAAAAUCCUGAAGCCCAAACUCAAUGAUAAUGGCAUUUUUGUGACCCAGGCUGGACCAGCAGGUAUAUUCACACACAAGGAGGUCUUCACUUCUAUAUAUAACACAAUCAAACAAGUCUUCAAAUAUGUGAUUGCAUAUACGACUCAUGUUCCAUCUUUUGCCGACACAUGGGGAUGGGUUAUGGCUUCAGAUCAACCACUAUCGAUUUGCGCUGAAGAAAUGGACAGAAGAAUCGAAGCAAGAAUAGAUGGGGAACUUCUCUAUCUCAAUGGUGCUUGGUUCCAUUCAUCUACCACCAUGAACAAAACUGUUUACCAAUCGCUACAGAAUGAAACUCACGUGUACACGGAAGAAAAUGCUAGAUUUGUUCCUGGACAUGGCAUGGCUUUUCGUCUCUAAGGUUUGAAGCCAUAGAAUGACGGAAACUCUUGCAUACUCUGACUCUCACAUCAAAAGCAUUGCGCCGUACAGUCCAGAUUUAACUCCAAAGUUAAUAAUAAUGAGAUGGCACAUUCAAUUUUUGUAAUCCACGCAUAUUAUAAUAUCAUCAUGCGUGCGUGAUUUCAUUUGUAUAUUGGUGUUAGAGUAUGUGGGAAUUUGCUGUAUAGAAUACAAAUAUUGGGAGGACUGGACAUUCAAAACAAUAAGAACAUCAAUCAAAUAAAUUCAAUCAACAUCUUACCAUUGUUAUUCCAA